AUGGCCACGUGCAGCCUUUUUGCACCCUCGUUCAGUGAGGGGAGGGCGCGAAAAUGGCUGCCGGCCAUAGGGAAACAUCGCACAAAGGAAAAAAAGAACAGUGCAUCAGAGUUCACCCCUGAAAACCUGGUAACAUCCGUACUUGAUUUGUUUGGAGCCGGAACAGAAACAACCAGCACGACCCUCAGAUACGGGCUUUUGAUUCUCCAGAAAUACCCGGAGGUAGAAGAGAAAGUGCAUGAAGAGAUUGACCGCGUGGUCGGCCGAGCCAGGGUGCCGUGCAUAGCUGACCGUGGGCAGAUGCCUUACACAGAUGCCAUCAUCCACGAAAUCCAGAGGUUCAUCUCUCUUGUCCCACUGAGUGCCCCCCGCUCAGUGGCCAAAGACCCCCCCUUCCGACAAUACGUCAUCCCAAAGGGCACCAUCAUCUUCCCCGUCCUGACCUCUGCACUGUACGACAGCAAAGAGUUUCCAAACCCCACAGAAUUUGACCCACAGCAUUUCUUGAACAAAGACGGGACCUUCAGGAAGAGUGACUACUUCAUGCCCUUCUCGGCAGGUAAACGGAUCUGCGCAGGGGAGGGCCUCGCCCGCAUGGAACUGUUCCUUUUUUUGGUCACCAUCCUGCAGCACUUCAAACUGAAGCCCCUCCAGGAUCCUAAGGACAUCGACAUCACCCCUCUUCUGAGUGCUGCUCUCACCUUCCCUCGGCCUUAUCAGCUCUGCGUUCUCCCUCGGUAAGGAGAAGGAGGCCUCUGGCCUACCAGAUGGCAUCUGGCAGUUGACCAGUUCAGAACUUGGGACUGAGCCUGUCUACAUUUUCCAGCCUACCUUGUCUGGGCAUCAAAACUGCAAAUCCCUGAGAGCCCUUUUCUUAGAGGCAGAGAAUCUGUUUUCCAAGAAGGAGGGCCUGGACUUCAGAACAUGAAGCAGCCUGCUCUAAUUUGUUUUCCUCAAGCGACCAAUAUUUCAAUUUUGUUCUUUCGUGCUCACACCAGAUGUGCUUUUUACUGCUAUAAGCGUUUGUAUUUUUGGAAGGAGAUCAGAUUGAAGAUCUUGUAACCUAGGUAAAAAUGUAUAACUGAUAUAUCUACAUUUGUCUGACUUAUAAGUAUUGACCUAUAACUUAAGUUCAGUCUUUAUGCAUUUUUAUGUAUCGGUAUCUAGUGCUUUACCUGCUUUAUCUACUACGUUCCCAUAGUCUCUUGAGACUGAAGGAUGCCUACGUCAUAUCUACUGCUUUUGUUCAAGGCUGUAAAAAUAAUAUGUUGGAUCAUAUGUCUUUG